AUGCAAGUGUCAACGUUAACUUCAAUUUGUUUGGCUUUGAUGGCUUUUGCCAAUGCGGAGGAAGUACACCAACAGAAGAGAGGCUUUUUCAAUGAUAUAAUAAACGGAAUUACUGGAAAUACAGCUACAGCUGCUGCCAAUUCAGCAUCAGCAGCAGCUGCAACAGUAGCAGCAACUACCAGUGGAGGUUCUGGAACAUCGUCAGCCGCUUCUGAAGAAGAUGACGAAGAGGAUUGUGAAGACGAAUCUACUACACCUUCAGCAACAACUCCAACUGCUUCCAACACAGCUAGCGCCAGUCCAACUUCAUCUGAUCCAGCUACAUCAGACUCAGCUUCACCAUCAUCUCAAGGAGGUCUUAGCUCAAUUUUGUCAAAUAUAUUACCUGGCGCAUCAUCAACUUCAAGUAACCCUCAAUCCCUUGCUGGUGAGUCGACAUCGUUAUCACAUAGUUUGGAUGCUACUGUCUCAACAUUGAGUGGUAGUCAAUCUUCAUUAAGUCCAAAUUCAACCACUUCGAGCGGAGGGAAUUUCCUUUCAAGUAUUAUCGGUAAUUUACUGCCAUCUUCAACUGGUUCUCAGAGCUCUAGCUCUAGCUCAUCUGAACCAGAUGACGACGAUGAAGAGUGUGAAGACGAAACAACCAGUUCUGUAGCCUCAAAUACCAACGUCGUCCCAACUACAACAAGAGGUAAUACUACACCAACCACCACUGCUACUACAUCUGGUAACUUCUUGAGCUCAUUGCUUGGAAACAACUCCUCCAUUGCUGGUGUUUCAACCACCACUUCCGGAUCAAGUGAAGAAGAUGAUGAUGAAACUGACUGUGAAACCACUACUCAAGAUCCUACUACAAAUGGUGGAAACGGAGGAACAACUGAUCAAACCACAACUGCUAAUCAAACUGGAACAGCUGAUCCAACUACAACAGCGAAGACAACUACCACUUCCGGAUCAAGUGAAGAAGAUGAUGAUGAAACUGAUUGCGAAACCACUACAAAUGAUCCAACCAACGGUGGAACAACUGGUGUUACUACUACCCGUCAAACAAAGGACCCUGUUUCUACAGUCACUAGUGGUACUACUGUGACCGAUGCUCAAACAGUCACACUCACAUACACUGGAGCUGGUCAAACAUUUACCACUUAUGUCACUCAACAACCAGAAGAAUGCGAAGAAACGGUUUACUAUACUGUGACUACUGUGGUUCCAUGUACAACCGUUGCUCCCGGUGGACAAAUUUCAACCACCACUGUUACCGUUGUUGUUACUCAAACCGUUUACCCACAUGAUGACAAUGAUGAUGAUUAUGUUAACAGUGGAUCAACUAGCUCUAGUGGAUCAAGCGGAUCAAGUGGCUCUGGUAGUUCUAGUGGCUCAUCAGGAGAUGAUGACGACUGGGAAUGGAUUGAAGAGGGCGAUGAAGACUGUACUUCAACCACAGUGGCAGCAGUUUCAACAAGUACAAGUGGCUCAUCGGGCUCAUCUGGCUCAUCUGGCUCAUCAGGUUCAUCAGGUUCAUCAGGUUCAUCAGGUUCAUCAGGUUCAUCAGGUUCAUCAGGCUCCUCAGGCUCCUCAGGCUCCUCAGGCUCCUCAGGCUCCUCAGGCUCCUCAGGCUCCUCAGGCUCCUCAGGCUCCUCAGGCUCAAGUUCAACUGACCUCUCAGGGUUGAGCCCAACCGAGAUUGUUUGCCCAGGUGAAGACGGUUACGACAGUGAUGAUGACGACUACACCUACACUUCGACACUGACAUCAACUACAACAGAAAAUUGUGACGACGACGAAGACGAUGAUGACGAUGAUGAAGACUGUGAAGACGAAAGUAGCAGCUCAAGUAGCAGCUCAAGUAGCAGCUCGAGUAGCAGCUCAAGUGGCGAUGAUGAUGAUGACUCAGACGACUGUGAAGAGACUACUACUACCUCUCCUAAACAAAAUGGUACUACCACAGCCACUGCAAGCUCUACUCACCAAGUUACAUCUUCAUCUUCGUCUUUGAACGGUACAUAUGGAUUUUUGAAGAAUGCUGGAGCAUCAGUUGUCACCACUACUCAAAACACUGUUGUCACCGCUUCCGGUGCUGCUUCUACUGAGCAACCUGCAGUCUCACAAGUUGCCAAUGCUGCUAACCGUUUGGGGGCCACAGAAAUGAAUGCUGGUUUAUUCACAUUUAUCGCUGUUGCCGGAUACUUGUUAUUAUAA